UAGGUACCAAAACGUAACUUCUUUUUGCAACCCACCCAAUUCAUUGGCCCAAAGGCCCGGACAAACAACACAGGUAAGAAGUAAACGACAAAAGCCAAAACCCCUAGGGCGCUAAAACCAACCGAAAAACCAACAGCAAAAUAGGCAAAAACAGAGUAUAAUUAGCUCGCAUCGCAAUUCGCAAGCUCUCGGCCAGCCCACAGCGCAGCAGCAGAAAAGGAAGACGACCCAACGACUUCCUUCCCUUCCCCUUCCUCCCUUCCACAGUUUCAGACCAAACCAACACUCAAUAAAAGCAAACCUCUUUUUCACUUUCCCCCUAAACCAAAAAAAUCUCUGCUUUCCCCAAUUUAAUGGCGAUGGCCGCCUGCUUCCUCGCCGCCGGCUCCCUCUCCUCCUCCGCCGCCGCCAAACCCCGUAUCCACCUCCCUUCGUUCCAAUCCCCCUCCCCUUUCCAAACCCUACGCCUCAGCUCCUCCUCCUCCUCCUCCCCUGUUUCCUUCCGGCAUCUCACCAAUCGACAAGGCCUUCUGCCUCUGUUUGUUCCUUCCGUCUCGCUCGGCGGCGGCGACGACGGCGGGAUCAACCGGUUCCCUCCCUCCGGCGGCGGCGGGGGAGGGGACGACGACGGAGGGGAGGUAUUUCCCUCUGAUGGGGACAAUGCAGGGGACAAGAACAGGGUAGAGGCGAUGAUGGUGCUGGCGGAGGCGGGGAGGUUGCUGGAGAGCCUGCCGAAGGACCUGGCGGUGGCGAUCCAGGAGGGGAGGAUUCCCGGGGCGGUGGUUUCGAGGUUUUUGGAGUUGGAGAAGUCGGGGAUGAUGCGAUGGCUGCUUCAGUUCGGUGCGUUUAAGGAGCGGUUGCUGGCGGAUGAUCUGUUCUUGGCCAAAAUCGGGAUUGAGUGCGGCGUCGGCAUCUUCACUAAGACUGCUGCAGAGUACGAGAAACGCAGAGAGAAUUUCUUCAAGGAGCUGGAAAUUGUGUUUGCUGAUGUGGUGAUGGCCAUUUGUGCAGAUUUCAUGCUUGUUUUCCUUCCCGCUCCUACCGUCUCUCUCAGACCAGCUCUUGCAGGAACUGCUGGACCUGUUGCAAGGUUCUUCUAUGGUUGCCCUGACAAUGCUUUCCAGACUGCUCUUGCUGGAACUUCGUAUUCAUUUGUGCAGAGACUAGGCUCAGUUGUGCGAAACGGAACAAAGCUCUUCGCUGUUGGCACUGCAUCUUCCCUGAUUGGGACAGUGGUAACAAAUGCACUGAUCAAUGCAAAGAAGGCUGUGGACAGUACUGGUGAAGUUGAAAAUGUGCCUAUACUCUCCACCAGUGUUGGCUAUGGUGUCUACAUGGCAAUUUCUAGCAACCUCAGGUACCAAAUAUUGGCUGGCGUUAUCGAACAACGAAUCUUGGAGCCUUUACUCCACCAACACAAGCUCAUGCUCAGUGCAAUCUGUUUCGCUGUUCGAACAGGAAACACUUACUUGGGCUCACUAUUGUGGGUGGAUUAUGCUCGGAUGAUCGGUAUCCAGAAGGCUCAAGAAGAGCAUAAUGAACUGGCUUAGGCAAAUGCAAGAGCUCAGAACCUUGUGUGGAACUUUUUUUACUUUGCUUGACCGCCCAUGUUAGUGUAGAGCAUGAAGAAAGUAGGUUAUAUAUGAAUUGGCAUUUCCCCCCGGGAGGAGGCAUUGCUUUUGGGAGUUCGUAUACGCCUGAAAUUAGUCGAUCAGGCUCGUAGUUGAUAUUUGGUUUUUUCGGCUCAUCCACUUGUUUUGCUUUUUUUUAUCAUUCUCAUGAUAAUUUGAGUGUAUUGAUUUCAGACACCCUGAAUUGUUCGGUUUGAUGGUUGGAGUUGGAGCAAAAGGUUAUAUAUGAAGUACAAUAACACAAGGAUUUGGUG